GAGAGUUACGAGGUUGCAGCGUUGACGGUAAAUGCAGGGUUCGGUGAAUGUUGGAGGAAACAGAAUGUCCAGCGAGCAAGCGCGAGCUAGCGCCGUCGCGACCAAAGAAGACGUGGGUUACAGAAGCGUCGAGAUCGCGUCCGCGUUCACGCAUCUGCCGCAAAAAGAAAUGGCCAGGGACACGCCAGGCUCGCCGAUGUCUAGACCAAGAGAUCUGGUCGGAGGAGUUGGCGCUGCUGCGACCACCUUGACAUCAAGCGCCUAUCACAUCGCUUCUGCCGAUCCAGCCGCCCUCCAGGGCCAUGCGCUUCAGCAGAAGAUACUCGAGCUACAGCAACACCAUCAGCUCCAGCAGCAGAUUUUGCGACAGCAGUACCAAGCGCAAGAACGACAGUUGGCAGAGCUACACGAACAGGAGAUGCAUCAGCUGAAGAUGUGGGAACAGCAGAAGCAGCUGGAAGAGCAGAGGAGAGAAAAGGAGAGACUGGAAGCGCUGAGGAAAAAAGACAAGCAUGAUCACAGCGCGAUCGCAUCGACGGAAGUUAAGCAACGACUGCAGAGCUUCCUCGUGAACAAGAAGCAAAGGGAGGCCGCGGCCGCGGCGAACGGGGCCGUGCCUGGUACACCUGGAUACAGGAGCUGGUUGCAGCCGCAAUCGAUGGACUCGGCGGGCACCGCGAACGCCUCGCAUCCCUACCGAAUGCCGCAGAUGCUCCAGGAAAAAUUCGCCGACGACUUUCCUCUUCGUAAAACAGCCUCGGAGCCGAACCUGCUGAAGGUGCGACUAAAGCAACGCGUGGAGAGGAACAUGGCCGCGUCGAGAAAUUCACCCCUGAUGGCACGCCGGAAGGAUCGCCUGCUGUCGCACCUCAAGCGGAAGUCACUGCUAGCAAAUUCUAGCAGUAAUCCAGAGUCCGGGCCUAACUCACCGCCAACCGUCAACAAUUCUCAAGCGAGUCCCACUGCAGGAACUAAUGCGGCUGCAAUUCAAGAAGAGACGGAGAAUACCGGGUACGGUGGUCCGUUAACGAGCAGCAGCCAGCAGGGUAGCCUGUCGGACCUCUCGCUCUUCAGUUCACCGUCCAUGCCGAACAUCUCGUUAGGUCGACCACAUGUUCCGUCCAGUUCUAGCACGACUGGUACCAAGCUGGCAACUGUCUCGGAAGCAGAGGUACGCGCGGCGUUCACAGCUCGGCUAGGGAUGCCGCUUACCGGACAAAUGUUGCCCGGCACCUUGCCUUUCUAUCCGUCGUUGACUGUGAUUGAAGGAGGAGACGCGGCGGCGGUGUCAAGCGGUGGUUACGUUCACAAACAGAUGCAGAAUCUGGAGCAUCCGUCUGUAACCAGUAGGCAACAUCCGUCUGCCGCGGUGUAUCAUGGUACCGCGACGACAGCACCCAUCACGGACACGCAAGUAGCGCACGCGAGGCUGCAAAAGGCUGGUCACCGGCCUUUAGGCAGAACUCAGUCUGCACCAUUGCCGUUGGGUCAUCCGAUGCUACAGGGUGGUAUGAUCACGCCUCAGAUCCACUACGAAGAGUACCUGGCAGAGAAGCAGCUGCACGAGCAGCAGCAGCAGGCGCACAACUACCUAAAACAACAGAUUCGUCAGACGGUGCUGACACGGGUCGGCUCCCGGGGCCAAGCGAAUCAGCUUGACGAGGCAGCCGAGAGCGAGGAGUCUGAAGUGAUAGAUCUGACUGGGGGGAAGAAGGAUCUGGUGCCAGAGGAGAGUGAGAUCUCGAAGCAACAACGGGAUCGGGAGCAGUUUCUUCAGCAACAGAGGGAUCUGAUGAUGAGGCAUACCUUGCAGAUCUCGAACGAGUCCUCGACGGCCUACGGGGCGGGGAGCAGGAGCAGCCAGCCGAGCGCCAGACCGUUGUCCAGGGCGCUCUCUAGUCCGUUGGUUCACCUGGGUCCUCAGGCGAGCCAAACCAGCGGUGGCAGCGGUGAUCUGUUCGCACGGGCCUCCUCCCGACCCACCACCGGCCUGGCCUACGAUCCGUUAAUGUUGAAGCACGCCUGUGUCUGCGGCGAGACAGUUCGCGGCCAUCCGGAGCACGGAGGUAGGCUGCAGAGCGUCUGGGCGCGACUUUCCGAGACCGGGUUGCUGCAGCGAUGCGAUCGAAUACGAUCGCGCAAGGCCACCCUUGAGGAGAUUCAGACGUGUCAUAGCGAAGCUCAUGCCCUCCUCUUCGCCUUCGGCAAGAUGACGCAGCAGCUACUCGGUCUGGCCAACGGUAAGGUGGUCCUCGCUCUGGAGGGCGGUUAUGAUUUGGCCGCGAUCUGCGAUUCCGCGCAAGAGUGUGUUCGGGCUCUACUCGGCGACGAGCCGUCCCAACUAAGGGAGGAGGAGCUUACCAGGACGCCUUGCCAGAACGCGAUCGACACAUUGCAAAAGACCAUCGCCGUUCAGAUGUCGCACUGGCCUUGCGUCAAGCUGAACGCGCACACGGUGUCGAUGAGCGCGAUAGAAGCCGGUCAAAAGGAACGCGACGAAACCGAGACGGUCUCCGCGAUGGCCUCUCUUUCGAUGCAGCAGCCUACCAAUUUAACAACUACCCCAGAACAUUCCCGUGAAGUUUCCGAGGAGCCCAUGGAACAGGACGACGCCAAAUGAAACAACCACCAGAGGAGACAGAGUUGCUCGUCGCGCGUUAUCGUCUUUGGAAAUGGCCGUCGCGAGGCUCAUGUCACUCAAUCGUUCGGCAACCGAUGAUCAAAGAACUAGCCUUUGCGCGCCUCUUCCGCUUCGUGCACGCACGCACUCACUCGCUCGCACACUCGAGCACGUAAGCAACCGCUUCUAUCCAUCUAGGAUUGCGUGGACCUCGCGGCGCUCUUAUUGAAAUCUAAAAGACAGUAGCUUUAAGUGUUUUCUAUUCUUUCGCGUCCGGUGUCCCGAAAACCUCAUUCUUUUCCCCUCGAAAUUCAAAUUUCACGCGCUCGAUCGCCUCUAUUAAUAAAGACACGAAUACUAUGAUAUUGAUGCUAACUGAAAACGCGCGGCAGAAAGGAGAGUCGCGCUUCUUCGAUACAGGAGGAGCACCACGAAGGAACAACGUGACGCCGAGCGUUUCCGUGUCUCCAUUCUCAGACAACAUUUCGUUCUACGUUCUUUCUUCAAGCGGCAUAACACGAUUUUUAGUUAUUGUGUUGUUUUAUCGCGAACAAAGGCUGGUGUGAUUUUUGUGAUAUUUUGUAAAAAAAGAAAGAAAAAAAAGAAGUAAAAAGAAGGAGGAGGAAUUUGACGAGCUCGCGAUUAGUUCAAGAUAAGAAAUGUGGGCGACGGGAGAAUCUAUAAGAAUGUUGUUCGACCGAUCGAGUACAAGAAUAUAAGAGUGAGAGAGUGCGAAGAUGUGCACGCGCGCGCGUGUGCAUGUGUGAAUGUGUGUUUUGAAAGCAAGAGUAUAUGUAAUCGAAAUACGAGCAUUUAUUUUUGUGUCGUGCAUUUUACGACAGAACACGGAGAAAUAG